GGGUGAGAGAGAGAGACGCCACAUUUUUUCGUUGUUACUAGUACAAGUGAAUGAAUAAAUUAUUGAUUUUUUCGUUUGGUACCAAUGACUGUAUGAAUAUUUGUAAUCAUAUUGCAUAAUUUUGUUACUAUCUAAAUGAAAACAAAUGAUGUACAUUUUUGGACAAUCAUAAUUAAAAUCAAUUUUCUUAACAGUUUCCAUCAUUCUCAUCAAUUGAAUUGAAUUGAAUUAAGAUGUAAACACUUAUCAACUAUGCAUAUUUUAUUCAUUUACUUUAUUAUAUCAUCUAUCAAUGUUAUUGAUAAUACUGUAAUUGAUAAUUCCAAUAUGAAAUGUUUAAAUCAAUGGAUUAAACCAACUGAAGGUGUAGCGUUCUCAUUAUCACCAUGUUUCACAUGUAAAUAUUCUAGUUUUCAAGGUUCUAUGAAUAUUAAAUGGGAUUGUGAACAGUCAUAUAAUUUGAAAAUUAAGGGUUCAAUAGAUUCAAUUGAAUUUGAUGAAUUAUCUAAUUAUGAAUUAAGAAUAUAUAGAACAAGAGAAAAUCUAUCACAAUCCAAUACAAUUUUAAAAGCAUUCUAUAUAACUAGUCAAAGACAAGUUAGUAUAACAUUAACAUUACAAUUAAUUGCACAUCAUUCUAUGAAUGUACAAUCGAAAUUACAAAUAAAUUUUGUGCCAAUUUUAAAUGAGAAUAAAAAAUCAUUUAAAUAUUUUCAAUUAUAUUGGUCUACAUUAAAACAAACUGAUUUUACUCUAUUCAUUUACAAUAUAACUCAUACACUUCAAUAUCAAACUCAUAGUACAUCAAUAUGUUUAGAAAAUUUAACAGAAGGUAGUCAAUAUAAAUUUUGUAUUGUUGAAACAUUAUACACAUGUAAAAGUUCAUCGUGGAAUUGUAUUAUUAAAACAAUUCCAACGAUACAAAGAUCUAUUAAUCAUUAUCGAAAAUCAAUAAAUCAAUUACAAAUUAAAAAUCUCGGUUAUAAUUGGUUACAAUUAACAUGGUUACCAAUAUCACAAACAUUAUAUUGGCAAAUUAAUGAAAUUCCUAUGGGAUAUCUAAUUGUUGCUAUGGGGAAAUUUAAAACCAUUCAUUGUACUGAUCGAAUUUAUAGUAUUCAAGCACCAUGGGCUUACAAUUCAAAAUCAAUUAUAAUGUCAUAUGUACAAUAUGUUUAUUCACAUAAUAUUACCUCGAAAUGUCCAUUCAAUAUUACUUAUAAGGAAAUCAAUGUUUUAAGUAAUUUAUGGCCAGAAUGGAAUCCAUUUAUUGAAUCACAACAACAAACUAAUCAUGAUGAAUGGGGAUCUAUUAAUGAAUUUAAUAUAGAAUUAAAUCAACUUACACCAUUACAAGAAUAUGACAUAAUUAUUGAACCAAUAUUUCAUAAAUAUAAAGGAAUUGCUGAAUCAAUUACAACGAAUAAAUUGAAUCCUUCCAUGGAUUGUAAUUUAACAUUUGAACAAAUAAAUCAUAAUGAAAGUUUCAUUUAUUGGUCAUUACCAUCUUUAAUUAGAUCCAAUCUAUUGAAUAUAAUAAAUAAUUCUAUGUAUUUAAUUGAAAUUUCACAUAUUGGUAGACCAGAAAAGAAUUUAGAAAAGACAUGCUUUAUACAUAGUUGUUCAAUGGGUAAUUCAUCAGAAAAAGUCCUGAAUUUUCUACCACAAUUGGAAAAUGAACCACAACGUUUAAAUUGUUUCACAAUUAAACUACCUAUUUAUAAUGAAACAACAAAAUUUACCUUCAAUUGUCCAUUAAUACCAUGUAAAUUAUAUGAAAUCUCUAUUCGACUUUUAUAUCAGAAUCAAUUUAUUAAUGAAUUCAAUUGUAAACGACGAUUUAUACGAAAUGGUUUAGUACCCAAAUCCCCAUCAAAUGUUUAUGCAAAAGUAUUAGCUAAUAAUAUGAUUCUAUUUCAAAUGAAUAAACCGAAUCCAUCAACAUUUAAUCAUUGCAAUACAUAUGGUUAUAUUUUGUCGUUUAAUAAUAAUGAUGAAUAUCAAACCAUUCAAUCAUAUCAUUAUAGAAAUUUCACAAUUAUUCAUCUAAAUGAUUUACAAAAUAACAUGAAUUCACAUUUACAUGCAUAUCAUACCAUGUCAAGUGAUCAAUUCUUUCUUAAUAAUCCAUACCCUUCAGCUAGUUCUAUUUCAGUUCGUAUUCAAUCUAUUCCAAUGGAUGAUAAAAAUUGGAUUGAUUUAAACAUUCCAUUAAUAAAUUCAAAUUGUUAUUUAGAUUGUAUUUGGCCAAAUCAACCUCCAUAUUAUCGAUUUACACAAAUACUAAAUCACUAUAAUUAUAUAGGUCAACAUAAAAGUUAUGUAAUUCCUCAAACCAUAAAAAAUAGUUUACAAAUUUUUCAAUGUUCAACAAUGAUAGAUCAAGUUAAUAGUCAUUCUAGAUUAUGUCAAUUUAAUUCAGAUAUACAAUUAUCCGAGUAUACAUUUUGUAUGGAUACUUAUUCAUCUAUUAAAACAUGUUUUGUUCCUACAUGUGAUGAAAUUGCUGUUAUUCCAUGUGUAACUUUGCCAAAAUCUAUCAUUGCUAAUUCAUCCACCAUACAAAUUGAAUGGUUAACAACUCAAUUAUCAUUACAAGGAAAUAAUUCAUUUCAACUAGAUUUUCAUAAUAAUGAUCAAAUGAAACCUGAUUCUUAUUUAGUUAUUUUAAAUCAGUUGAAUGAAUUUUAUGGAAUUAAACAUGGAGUAUGUGCUCAAUAUUCAUUUGUGGUUAUUUCCAAAGAUACUCAUGAAAAUUGGAAAAGUUAUUUUCAUGAUUUAAUUAUUCAAUCAUUAAUUAUAUCAUGUCUUGGACAAACAACCUAUUCAUAUCCUGAAUUAAAACAAUCCAAUAUGAUAAUAUUUGAUAAACUUAUACCAAGUACAUUAUAUGAGAUUAAUAUUAUACCAUUUAAUAAAUAUGGUAAACCAGGAUCAAAUUGGAGACAAGAAAUCUAUACUACAAUUGCAAUUCCAUGUAAACCAGAUAAUAUGGAAUUCUAUAAAAUUGAAUCACACGCUCUUUCAAUUAAAUGGUAUUUAUCAAGAAAUAUUUAUUGUGGUUAUCCAUCACGUAUUAUUGUUUAUUAUAAACAUAUGAAUAGUGAUGAUAGUGAUAAUAUGAAUGAAGAAUGGUAUAAUAUUGAUACAGAAUAUACAUUAGAACAUAUAAGAAUAUCUUCAUUAAGACCAUGUCAAUUAUAUUGUAUUAAAAUGAAAUUUAUUAAUCAAGCUGGUAUAGGACCAAUAUCAAAUAGAAUUUGUAAUAGAACUAAACGAGCAGCUUUUACAAAUAUACCAAUAUUGACAAGUCAAAUAAUACAACCUAAUAAACAACAAACAUCAAAUAACCCAUCUAUCAUAAUGUUAAGUUUACAAAUUCAUUUGAAUUAUACCAUUUAUUGUCCUGUUCAAUAUGAAUUUCUAAUCAAUAUUUAUAAUGAUGAAGAAAAUCCUAUGAUUAUCAUUUCAUCUAAUCCUGAAGUUAUUCUUCGUAAUAAUAUACAACGUGGAAUGUUAUAUCAAUUACGUGGACGAGUACGUUCAAAUGAAUCAGUUUCUACGUCAAUAUUACAUAAUGAAAUGGACAUGUUCAAAUUUAGUCAAUGGGCCCCAAUUACUCUAUUUUAUGCAAAUAUGUCACAUUUUGAAUUUAACAAUUUCACAUUGAAUGUACAACGUCCAAUGGAAAUUCACAAAUCCAAUGGGAACAAUGAUGAUUAUUAUCAUUAUCAAUGUUUAUUCAAUAAUGAAUAUAACAAUGAUCUUAGUAACAACUCACUAUCACCAUCACCACCACCACCACUAACAACAACAAAACCACCACCCACAACAACAACCACAACAACCAUGUUAAAAACCUAUGAUUUCAAUCAAUAUAAUAAUAAUACCCAUUAUAUUGAUCGACAAUAUUCUAUCAAUCAUAGUUUAUUAAAUAAGAAUAGUUAUUGUUUACAUAUGAAAUGGAAUAUUUCAGGGAAUUUAUAUGGAUUAUUAGGUUUUGCAAUACAAUUUUUUAUCCCAUUCAAUUCACCUAAUAUGGAUGAUCAAUUACAUAAUAAUAUGAAUUUAUUACAACAAUGUGUACAAUUUCUUUGGUUACCAUGUAAUGGAUGUUUAGGAAAUUAUUCAUUGCGAAAUGUUCAUCCGAAUGUUUUGGAAAAAUUAAGAAAAUUAAUUGAUAUCUGUAAAUUAGACGGGAACCCAUAUCAACCUACAUUGAAUACUUAUUCUAUACAAUACAAUCUAUUUCAUGAUCUAACUAAUCAAAAUAGUUUAUUAUCAGCUAUAGAUAAUUUACAAAUGAAAUUAAAUACAUUACAACUAAAUGAAUUCAAUCAAAUUGCAUACAAUGAAACAAUAUACAAAUUUGAUUAUUAUUAUUACAUAAUCAAUCCUAUAAUAUCAAUAAUGAAUUCUAAAUAUUCACAUAGAUCUAUUAUUGUAAAACGAGAUUUAUAUUCAUUGAAUCAAAGUGUUUCGUCACCAUCAUCAUUGCCAUCAUCAUCAUCAACAACAACAACAACAACAACAAUAUCGUCGUCUUCUUCAAAGACUGUUGAUUCACAGCAUAGUGGAUAUGUUAUUGUAUAUUCGGUCACGGCAAAUGAUGUUAUUUAUUCAAUUAAGCAUGAAUGGAGAAUAAAUAAUGAAUUAAUGUCGUCAAAUCUAUUGGGAACAAUUUAUAUCGUGUUUAUUGUCAGUUGUCUUAUAUUAUUACUCUUGUUUACUUCAAUAACAAUAUUCAUUGUGUUUAUUAUUAAGAGAAAUCGUCUAAAUCAGACAAAAUUCAUUGGACUACAUACUGUUGAAUAUUGUGAAGACGAAGAAGAUGGAUAUGAAUUACGUGAAGAGUACAAAUCCCCAGUUAUUCCCUUAAAAAUUCCUCGACAACCAGAUCCGAUAAACAUUCACGACUUCAUGAAUUGGUCUGAAAAGAAUAGGAAUAGUUUAAGAGAAGAAUUCAAGUCAUUGAAUAUUCAUUCAUAUAGACAAGAACAAGCGAAACAUCUUACAUGUGCCAUUGGUCAACGUCCAGAAAAUCGUCUUCGUAAUAAGUAUCGUAAUCUUUUACCUUUUGAUCAAAAUUAUGUGCAAUUGUCAAGUGCCUUGAUAUUACCUGAAUCGGAACAGAUUAAUUCAGUUGAUCAGUCAAAAGAAAAUGGAGUUAUUACGCAUAACGAUGAAAAUACCAAUCAGAAUGAAGACAUUAUCAAUGUCUCUCAAGGACUGCCUGAUAUUGGUAGUGAACAAUGGAUUCCAUCCAAUUAUAUGAAUGCUAGUUGGAUCCCAAGUAAAAUACCAGGAAUUUCAAGUACAAUAGUUAGCAGUGGACAGUUACCUUGUAAAUAUAUUGCUUCACAAGCGCCAGUUGAUCAUACACGCAGUUUAUUCUGGCAAAUGAUUUGGGAUCAUCAUGUUCAUUUGAUUGUCACACUUACUAAAUCAAUGGAAAAUGGUAAAGAAAAAUGUUCUGUCUAUUGGCCGACAGAUAGUGAUAAUGAUGAUGACACCUCAGAAUUAUAUUCCAAUAAAUAUCUUCAAGCUAAUUCAAAACGUAUAGUUCAAUUUGGACGGUUUAAAAUUCAUCUUUUGUCAAAAACAAAUUAUUCAAUAUAUAUUAGACGUAGUUUUAAACUGUACGAUUGUAAAACAUUAAACAAUGAACAAUAUCGAAAUAUUGUUCAAUUGCAUAUGCUUAAUUGGCCCGACUUUUCAACACCAUCAAAAGAAGAUUUUCUUCGUUUACUUUAUGCUUAUUGGACUGAAAGACGUCUUUCAAUGAAUAAUUCACCAGUUCUUGUACAUUGCAGUGCUGGUGUUGGAAGAACUGGUACAUUUAUUUGUUUAGAUCAAUUAUGUCAACAAGUUCGAUAUUAUUUACAACCAAAUUUACAAAUUUUUCUACAUAAAAUUAAUCAAAUCAAUGAACCAAUUUAUGUUAAUUUAAAUAAAGAAGAUAGUGGAGUUGAUGAAGGUGAAAUAGGUGAUUUCAAUGAAGAAUCAUCAUCAGCAUCAUCAUCAUUAUCAUCAAUAUCAAUAAAACUCAAUAAUAGAAAUGAGAAUUUGUCAAGUAAUAAACAAAAUGAAUCCAUGGAAGAUCAUCAUUCAACUAUACACGAAAAUCUUCUUCAUAAAAACUCUUUAAAUAUAUCCAUCGACAAUGAAAAACGUACAAAACGUUUCUUAUUUCAUCGACGAAAUUAUAAUAAUACACAAUCUUUAAAUAUAUUCAAUACUGUUUUAUGGCUACGAUCUAAACGUAGUCAUAUGGUACAAACGAUGGAUCAGUAUAUAUUUAUCUAUGAAUGUUUAUCAUGUUUUAUUAAACAAUUGAAAGAACAAAAUAGAAUCUAUGAAAAUAUAUAAUGAACAAACAAUAGUUCCAAUUGUUUACCAAUACUUUCUUUUAAACAUAUUAAUCAUUGUAAUUACUUCAUAUAAAUAUCUAUUCAAGUAUUAUAUGAAUAAUUAACUAAAAUUACGUAACAAGAUUACUUUCAUUUAAGUCUCUUGAACAAAAGUGAAUUAGGUAACAAUGAAAAAAAGGGCCGACAAACAGUGAUAAGACAUUCAAUUCAAACAGUUACACAUACAGUUUUUGUUAUAUCAAUCUAUUCUCUAAUAUAGUCACAUUUUAAAUGUGAAACUACGUUGUUCCUUUUUUUUUAUAAAUCUAUUCUAUGUUAUUAAUUACAUCUAUUUUUUAAUUAUGAUUGAAUGAGUGAAAUACGCUGUAUUACAUAUGGUUACAUAAUUAUGUAAUUAAAUGAUUUUUUCACAGUUUAAGCAUUAAGAAAUAAAAGAUCAUUUCCAUUAUUAUGACUUACUA